AUGGUUGUUUGGGGUCGUGCGUACAACGAUGGGCUCGACAGAAAGACGUUAUUUGUUCGUUCCAUUCCAUUUGAUGCUACUUCAGAAGAACUUUCAGAAUUCUUUUCUCAGUUUGUACCAGUUAAACACGCAGUUAUAGUCAAUGACAAUGAACAAAAGUCUCGUGGGUUUGGUUUUGUUUCAUUCACAAUGGAUGACGAUACUCUUACUGCAUUAGUGGAAUCUAGAAAGGCAAAAUUCAAAGGUCGUUUACUUAGAGUUGAUAUUGCCAAACGAAGAGAUCGUAAGGACAAAUCAGGUGAAGAACCAAUCAAGAGAGAACCACAAGCUCCUGUGGAAAAAAGACGUGCAAGAUUAAUUGUUAGAAACUUACCGUGGUCAUGUAAGAAACCAGACACUUUAAAGAAGUUGUUUAGUAAAUAUGGGGCGGUAUUUGAUGCAUAUAUCCCCAAGAAAAAGGGUGGCCAGAUGUGUGGGUUUGCAUUUGUUACUAUGAAAAAACAAGCUGCUGCUGAACGUGCAGUCAAGGAAAGCGUGGGUUUGAAGAUUGACGGUAGAGAAGUUGCUGUCGAUUUGGCUGUUGAAAAAUCUAAAUGGGAACAGAUUAAAGAAGAUGAGCCAGAAGAAGAACUGGAAGAGGAACAAGAUGAACAAGAGGAAGAAAUAGAAGAAAAGGAAGAUGAUGAAGAAGGAGAAGAAGGUGAUGAAGAAGAUGAUGAUGAUGAAGACAAGAAUGAAGAUUUCCACAACUUGAAUGAAAUAAAUUCAGAUGACGAACCAGAAUCCGACAUUGAAAUAGAACAAGAAGCGGAUGAAGAAGAAGAAGAAAAGCCAAGAAAGAAGUCUAACAGACAGGAACCAUUUGCCAUUUUCAUCAGAAAUAUCCCUUAUGAUGCUGAUGAAGAAUCACUUGCUGAACACUUCAACACUCAUUUCGGUCCUGUUAAAUAUGCCCUUCCGGUUAUAGACAAACAAACUGGUCUUGCCAAGGGUUCUGCAUUUGCUGCAUUCGUAAACCAAGAUUCAUAUACUGAAUGUAUUGAAAAUGCUCCAACUGUUGCUUCCACCUCCAUGCUUAUCCCCGAUGACGUUUCUGCCGGGUAUGUUUACCAAGGUCGUAUUCUUUCCAUCACUUCUGCCGUUGACCGUACUUCGGCUAAUCGUCUUGCUGAAAGAAAUUCAGAAAAGAGAAAAGAAGCACUUGGUAAAGCCCCUUCAGAAAAGGACAAGCGUAACUUGUUCUUAUUGAAUGAAGGUAGAAUCACUACCAAUUCCAAACUCGCUCAAUUCAUUUCCAAAACCGAUCUUGAACUUCGUGAAAAGUCUUAUAAAUUGAGAGUUCAACAAUUAAACAAGAAUCCAACUUUGCAUUUAUCCCUCACCAGAUUGGCCAUUCGUAACCUUCCUCGUGCCAUGAACUCCAAGGCAUUAAAGGCAUUGGGUCGUAAGGCGGUUGUUUCCUUUGCUACUGAAGUUAAAGAAGAAAAGCGUCAACCAUUGUCCAAGGAAGAAGUUAACCGUUCAAUCAAAUUCAAGCACGAUCUUGAAGGAGAUGAUCAAGAACAAGAAGAGAAAAAGAAAAAGAAUAAGCAUAUGGGUGUGGUCCGUCAAGCUAAGGUUAUUAUGGAAGUCAAGGGUACUGGUGAAGUUGGACGUAGUAGAGGGUAUGGGUUUAUUGAAUUUAGAGACCAUAAAGCUGCAUUAAUGGGUUUGAGAUGGUUGAAUGCUCAUGAAGUCAGCAUUAGUGAAAUAGUUGAAGGUUUGACUGAUGAAGAAAAGAAAGUCGCCAAGUUAGAAGGAUUGGCCAAGAGAAGAUUAAUUGCAGAAUUUGCUAUUGAAAAUGCUCAAGUGGUCAAGAGAAGAAGAGAAAAGGUUAUGAUUGCUCGUAAACAUGGAACUGAAGGUGAUAAUAAAGACUAUAAGGAUAAAAAGAGAAGAAGAGGUGACGAUGAUAAUGAAAAGUCUGAUAAGCCUGGUAACAAAAAGAGAAAAGGACCUUCUAGAAAGGGUAACAUGAAUAAAGGACCCAAGUCUGCCGCUGUAGAACAAAGUGAACCAAAGAACAAGUCUGGACUUUCUGAUGACGUAAAGAAGAUCAUUGGAAUGAAAAGAAUGAGAAGAAAGGGGAAAAAGUAAAGUAUCUAAUCUCUUCUUAUGUACAUUAACAAAUAUUAUACAAAAACAUAACAGCUCGUAAACACACAACAAGUAGAUUUAUGCAGAUGAAUCAUUGAAAAUAAUAACGUAAACAUAAAUCAGUCAUAAUUCAUUAUUAUCAAAAUUAAGGAAAGGUAAGUGUAUAUGCCGAUUCAUUUCAGUAAACGCAAACUAAAGUCAAACACGUUCAACUUUUCUAGGGUCCUCUAAACAAAGGUCUAUAAGAAAUAAUCACUUCUCAGCAGUUUGCCUCCGUUGUUUUUAACUGCCAAAUCACCAUCUUGAACUGCGCUGAAAAUCUUAAAGUUCGGUUCAUCAUAGUCGUCAACUUGCAUCACACUAGCAACAUUCCCACAUCUAUAACAAUAAUUAGGAGCUGACCAGACCGUAACUACAUCCUUCUCUUUGAAAUGGAAUCUGAACCCCUCCAUUACUAACUGAUGGGCCCGGGCAAUUAAACUUAAAUUAUUAAUAUGGUUGAAUUCUCGAGACACUUUGGAACCGAAUAACCAACCAGCUCCUCUCGGCGAUACUGCCCAAGUAUCUACAUUAUCUGGAUCGGACCAAACCAAAUCACAGAAACCACCUUCGUGAGGCACCUCUUGUGCUCUGGAAAGAACUCUGAUCUGAUCAAGCAUUCUGAUUUCUGGGGAUAACCCUCCAUGAACACAAAGGAUUUUUCCGUCGAUUAUAGCAGCAAGAGUAAGGAAAUCAAACACUUGACAACAAUAUUUCCAAACGGUGGUUGAUCCAUAUUUUGUAAGACAUUCUUCAUAAAACCCGUAAACUUGGGUGAUUUGACGUGAUUCGUGAUUACCUCUUACCAAAGUUAUUCUGUGAGGGUAUUUUACUUUCAAGACCAUUAAUAAUGUGAAAGUUUCAAGGGAAAAGUAACCUCUAUCGACAUAAUCUCCUAAAAAUACAUAAUUGGUGUUGUUAUCAUCCAGAGGCAAUCCUCCGGAUAUCCGGAAUAAUUCUAGCAAAUCGUGAAAUUGACCAUGGAUAUCACCACAUACAGUUACAGGAGAUUGAACUGGCUGGAUAUUUGAUUCUUCCAUAAGGAGCUCCUUAACCAACUCACAUAAUUGUUUCAUAUCUGACUCAGUGAGUGCUAUGCAUUUCUUGAUUUGUUCUAACCAUUGAUCAGGACCUCGCUCACCCAUUUUUUUUGCUUUUCUAUCUAUCUAUAUUAUAUCAACUGGAAAGUAGGAAUUAUAAAUUAAUAAUUUAAUAGUAAAAUUUGAUGAACAAUUAGAUGUGAAACGAAACAAGGUGUAUUUUACUUUUUCCCUUUAAAUAUUUUGACUUGUCUUUGGUUUCUAAAGACAAAAUUUUCUAAGAUGUGUGAGAUUUGUUUGUGAUUGUGUGUGUGAGGGGUAGUGGUGGGUGGUGUUAUUGUAGUUGUAUGUUGUUGUUAGGUGUUGAUGUGGUUAUGCCCAAAUUUUUGCUUAAUAAUUCUUCUAUUU